AUGUCGUCAAGUGCGAAUAGUAUCAAGGUCGUGGCUCGAUUUAGGCCCCAGAACAGGGUCGAAAUCGAGUCCGGCGGCCAGCCCAUCGUCACCUUCCAGGGCCCGGAUACCUGUACAGUCGAUUCGAAAGAAGCGCAGGGUUCCUUCACCUUUGAUCGGGUGUUUGACAUGUCAUGCAAGCAAUCCGACAUCUUCGAUUUCUCGAUCAAGCCUACCGUCGACGAUAUUCUCAAUGGCUACAACGGUACUGUCUUCGCCUACGGCCAGACGGGUGCCGGUAAAUCAUACACCAUGAUGGGUACCAGUAUAGACGACCCUGAUGGCAGAGGUGUUAUUCCAAGAAUCGUCGAGCAAAUCUUUACCAGUAUCUUGUCUAGCGCAGCAAACAUCGAGUAUACCGUCCGGGUCAGCUAUAUGGAAAUCUACAUGGAGCGGAUCCGUGAUCUUUUGGCGCCUCAGAACGACAACCUGCCAGUUCACGAAGAAAAGAACCGCGGUGUCUACGUCAAGGGUCUGCUCGAGAUCUACGUCUCGAGCGUCCAGGAAGUAUACGAAGUCAUGCGCAGGGGUGGCAACGCAAGAGCUGUGGCUGCGACCAACAUGAACCAGGAGUCGUCGCGCUCGCAUUCCAUCUUCGUUAUCACCAUCACCCAGAAGAACGUGGAGACGGGCUCGGCCAAGAGCGGUCAGCUUUUCUUGGUCGAUCUGGCUGGUUCCGAAAAAGUCGGCAAGACAGGUGCCAGUGGUCAGACGCUGGAGGAAGCAAAGAAGAUCAACAAGAGUUUGAGUGCUCUUGGUAUGGUCAUCAAUGCCCUGACAGACGGCAAAUCCUCCCACGUUCCUUAUCGAGACUCGAAGCUCACCCGUAUUCUGCAAGAAUCGUUGGGUGGUAACAGUCGAACAACACUCAUUAUCAACUGUUCACCCAGUAGUUACAACGAUGCCGAAACAUUAAGUACGCUGCGUUUCGGUAUGAGAGCAAAGUCGAUCAAGAACAAAGCGAAAGUCAACGCCGAACUCAGCCCGGCCGAGCUCAAGCAGAUGCUUGCCAAGGCCAAGACCCAGAUCACGUCCUUCGAGAACUAUAUCGUCAACCUGGAAAGCGAAGUGCAAGUGUGGCGUGGUGGCGAGACUGUGCCCAAGGAGAAAUGGGUACCACCUUUGGAGCUCGCGAUCACCCCUUCGAAAUCAGCCUCGACAACAGCCCGUCCAUCGACACCGUCGCGGCUCCUGCCUGAAAGCCGCGCGGAGACCCCUGCUAUCUCAGACCGAGCUGGAACCCCCAGCUUGCCCUUGGAUAAGGAUGAACGGGAAGAGUUCCUGCGUCGCGAGAACGAGCUGCAAGACCAGAUUGCGGAGAAGGAAAGUAUCGCGGCGGCUGCCGAGAGACAACUGCGAGAGACAAAGGAAGAGCUCAUCGCUCUCAAGGACCACGACAGCAAGCUUGGAAAGGAGAACGAGAGGUUGAUUAGCGAGUCCAACGAGUUCAAGAUGCAACUGGAGAGGCUGGCCUUCGAGAACAAGGAGGCCCAAAUCACCAUUGACGGCCUCAAGGAUGCCAACUCGGAGCUCACGGCCGAGCUUGACGAGGUCAAACAGCAGAUGCUCGAUAUGAAGAUGAGCGCCAAGGAGACCAGCGCUGUGUUGGACGAGAAGGAGAAGAAGAAGGCGGAGAAGAUGGCCAAGAUGAUGGCUGGCUUUGAUCUUUCUGGUGACGUUUUCAGCGAUAAUGAACGGGCAGUUGCCGAUGCGAUUGCGCAAUUAGAUGCCCUCUUUGAGAUCAGCUCUGCUGGUGACGCCAUUCCUCCUGAGGAUAUCAAGGCACUCAGGGAGAAGCUCGUGGAGACCCAGGGUUUCGUGCGUCAAGCUGAACUGUCGAGCUUCAGCGCCGCCUCGAGCGAUGCGGAGGCUCGCAAGCGGGCUGAACUUGAGGCCCGUCUUGAGGCUCUUCAGCAAGAGCACGAGGAGCUCUUGUCUCGGAACCUUACCGAGGCUGAUAAAGAAGAGGUCAAGGCCCUCCUUGCCAAGUCGCUCUCGGACAAGUCGGCUGUCCAGGUUGAGCUUGUCGAGCAGCUCAAGGCUGAUAUCGCCCUGAAGAACUCGGAAACGGAGCACCUCAAGGCUUUGGUCGACGACCUUCAGCGCCGUGUCAAAGCCGGCGGUGCCGGAGUUGCCAUGGCCAACGGCAAGACCGUCCAGCAGCAGCUGGCCGAGUUCGACGUCAUGAAGAAGAGCUUGAUGCGCGAUCUGCAGAACCGCUGCGAGCGCGUGGUCGAAUUGGAGAUCUCCCUCGACGAGACGCGCGAGCAGUAUAACAACGUGCUCCGCAGCAGCAACAACCGCGCUCAGCAGAAAAAGAUGGCUUUCCUCGAGCGCAACCUCGAACAACUGACGCAGGUUCAGCGCCAGCUUGUGGAGCAGAACUCUGCUCUCAAGAAGGAGGUGGCGAUUGCCGAGCGCAAAUUGAUGGCGAGAAAUGAGCGGAUUCAGAGCCUCGAGAGCCUGCUUCAGGAAAGCCAGGAGAAGAUGGCCCAGGCGAAUCACAAGUUUGAGGUGCAGCUCGCUGCCGUCAAGGACCGGCUGGAGGCCGCCAAGGCCGGUAGCACGCGGGGCCUCGGCACCGACGCCGGCCUCGGCGGGUUCAGCAUCGGCAGCAGGAUCGCUAAGCCGCUCCGCGGUGGCGGCGACGCCGUUGCCGGUGCCACGGCUACGAACCCCACCAUUGCCACUCUGCAGCAGAAUCCGCCCGAGAAUAAGAGAUCGAGUUGGUUCUUCCAGAAGUCGUAAGGAACGAGGUGAAGAAGACCAUAGAUGUGCGGGUUGUAGGGGGUCUGUUUGCAUAGAAAGAAAGAGGCGCUUGCACAAGAACGAAACCAACGAACAAGUGGAUACACAGCAGUCAACAUCAACAAAGAAAACACAAACACAAAGGUAAAGAAACUCUCAUGUCAUGAAUGGAACGAAAUGAUUACGUGGUGGGCGGGAGGUAUGAUGGAAGGAUGGAUGGAACACUCUGGCUAAGAAGGAAGCUGGAAGAAGGCGGGAGCAUUUAGAUCUACUUGGUAGAAUUAGUGUAAGGAAAGCAGCCCGUUUGUUGUUUUAGGUGUCAAUGAGUCAGUCAGUUACAUAGUUGACGGUUCAAUACGAACCGGGAUGAUGAUGACUACGAAAUGCGACGAUGAGAUAUCUGUGUUCGUUUACUGUUUAGAGAUAUAGGAGGAUGGAACCCGACCACGCGCAGCAUUUUCUUCCACAUAUAUUGUCAGCUACUUGGUUAUAGGGUUUCUGCAUUGCGAUGAGACAUUACAU